CUGUAUAUCGGACAUAUUUUGGAAUCUAUGGGCGUUGCAGUUAAAGGGAAAAAGUAUGAAGCCAGAUACUGGCUAUACUACUUAUCCUCCAAAGGAGAAAACAGUGCUAGUGCUAGUGCCACUGCAGAAGAAAGCUCAUCAGACAAUGUUCCACUCAUCAAUUUCACAAAGACUACCAAGAGAAAGCAUGUGGUGUCUCCUUCUCCCAGUGCUGAAGCACCACAGAAUCUUGCUCCAAUAAAUCUUGAAGAAGAAGAAGAAUCCUCUGAUCAAGGAGAACUUCAAAGGAAGAAGAAGAUGAAGAUCAACUCUCCAUCAACAUCUGGAAAUGUCAAUCCGGAUGAGUUGAAGGAGAAGGAACCUGCUGAGGAAACCUCUGCUCAAAACCGGAGCCCUAAACAACUUGAAGAAGAAAUUCCUCAAGUCCAAAGCCUUCCAACCUCAUCACCUCAACCUCAAAGAGAUGAUGCAGAUAACCAAUUCUGGCAGCUCUACUAUGAAGAUCAAGUGGUUUUCACUUCUGAAGCACAAGGUGUUUUGGAAGCAGCAGCUGAAGAUUUCCAAACACUUCCGGAAACCUCACAUGUUUCUGAAAUGGUUCUAACUGAAGUUGUAGAAGAGAAGGCAACCUCACCCCCACAAGAACAGAACCAGGAAACAGCAGAAGAAGAAGAAUUUCAGCCACUAAUCCGAUCUCAAGUUUUGGAGAUUCUCACCACUCCUUGUGAGAUCUCCAAUCCUACUGAAAUUGAGAUCUCGGAGAAGUCAGCAGAAAUUCCGGAACAGUCAGCUCUUCCAGAAACAAUGGAGCAAGUUGUUGAAGCACAAAGGAAUUCUGGAGAAGCUGAAAAGGAAACUCAAAUGGCAGAACUCGAGGUCUCUCAAACUCCAGUAGCCAUUUUUGAAGAAGAGAAUACAGCUGAAGAAAGAGACUCCCUCUCUAGGGAUAUAUCAAAUUUUGCGCUUGAUGAAGCAGAAGGAGAGUCUGAAAGAACACUGAAGGUUACUCAUGAAGAAGAUGUACAAGAAGAUGCUGAAUCUCUCCCUCUGCAACUCUUCCAAAGAACACCACCAUCUCAUCAGGUAACCAAUUUUCAUUUCCAUAGCUCUUCCACCCCUACUCUUCCGGAUGAGAUACCGGAAAUCUGGACAAAGAAGGUCCAAGGGCUAAUUGAAUCAGCCCUAGCAUCUCAACAUGCCUCCUUUAGGCAAGAGAUAGAGCAAAUGGAAGUCAGGCACACCCAGCUGAUAGAGAAAUCUGAAGGAAAACACAGCGCAGAUCUCAAAGAAAUAAGCAAAUCAGUGCAGAAGACUCUGGAGAUUAUCUCUCUAUUGAGUGAAACUUGGUCAACAACUAUACCUAUAAAUUCUGUUCCAUCCAGUCCUGAGCUGGAUAGAAGCUGUGCUGAGUUUUCCGGAUUUCUUUGCUGUGCUUCAAGGAUUAGAUUUGUCAAGUUCAGAUGAGAAGGAAUAUAAGAUACUUCUCCUU